AAAGGAAUGGAAUGGAUAGCUAGUCAGAAAAAAAUGGCGGAAGUCCAGCGACAGAGCUUAGAGAAAAACGGUGUCUCUUUUAAUAUCUCGUGGAAAGCGUCUGUCCGAGCAAGGAUGUUUAUCUUUAUGUGUAUACUUUUAGUCGAACCUGGACGAGCUACAACUCACUGGGUUGUUACAGAAGACGGAAAAAUUCAGCAGCAGGUGGAUUCUCCGCUUAACUUGAAACACCCACAUCAUCUAGUCCUUUUCAUGCAGCAGGAGACUCGUGUCAACUACCUCAAGAAAUUAGAGAAGCAGCUAGUUGCCCAGAAAAUCCACAUUGAAGAGAACGAAGAUCGCGACACUGGAUUAGAACAGCGUCACUAUAAAGAGGAUGCUGACUGCGUCACGGCUAAAGUUCCUCUCGGGGAUCUGGACCUCUACGAUGGCACCUUUAUAUCCCUGGAGAGCAAAGGCAUAAAUCCUGAAGAUUAUGUGGAUUAUAUGUCGCCUUUACCUUCAGACCUGGAAAAGCCUGAUUGUGCAGAAAUCUUUGAGCUCCCCUACAGCAUUCAUGCGUACCAACAUUUAAGGGGUGUACAGGAGAAAGUAAACCUCACAUCACCUUUGCUGUCAAAGGAUGACCCUAUCUUCGAUUCUUUAUCCCAUAAGCUGGGUCAUCGCAUGGAUGAGGUCGGCCAUAGAAUACACCAGGGUCUUCUGAGGAAUUCCUCCUCCUGGGUGCUUUACAAUCUGGCCUCCUUCUACUGGCGUAUGAAGAACGAGCCAAGGAGAGCCGCGGACUGUGUCAUCCGUGCUCUGCACUUCUCUCCCAGGCAGCACAAGGAUGUAGCCCUCGUCAACUUGGCAAAUAUCCUACACCGAGCUCAUUUCUCAGCAGAUGCCGCCAUCUUGGCUCAUGCCGCCCUGGACCAGACUACUGAUCUGUUUACCAGCCACUACACACUUGGCAACAUCUACGCUAUGUUGGGGGAGUAUAAUCACUCAGUGCUCUGCUACGAGCAGGCUCUGCAGUCUCAGCCGGGCUUUGAGCAGGCUCUAAGGAGGAAGCACGCUGUCCUGUGUCAGCAGAAGCUCGAGCAGCGGCUCGAGGCUCAGCACAGAUCUCUUCAGCGCACUCUGAAUGAACUAAAAGAGUACCAGAAGCAGCACGAUCAUUACCUGCGGCAGCAGAGCAUGCUGGAUAAGCACAAGCUGAUCCAGGAGGAACAGAUUCUACGCAACAUCAUCCAUGAGACACAGAUGGCUAAAGAGGCACAGCUUGGUAACCACCAGAUGUGUCAUCUAGGCCAGCAGCAGUACAGCCUGUUCUGUCCGUUUGACUUACCUGUCCGUUAUCACCGGGGAGAUCUGUUUGAGAACGUGCACUACAUCCAGUUUGGGGAGGAGGUGUCUGUAGCUGGCAGCGUGGCUCUGGUGUCGGAGCUGAGUGUAAACGAGAGCCGAAGCCCAACGCCGUACUCCACUGUGUCUGGAGGAGAUGUGCCAGCAGCACACUGGGACAAGGAGUCCUCCUCUAAUGCUGAAACCCAUAGCAUGCUGUGGCCGAGAAGUUCAGACUGUGCUCAGCGUUUUCCCUCCGUUCCCUCUGCUAACCUGCUUCCCACCUUCUUCCUUCCUCCAGAGAGUCAUGGCCUCAGGGGAAAGAGUAGCCUGUAUGUGAACAGGAGUCCCCCAGUCUCUGCUGAGAUCCCAGACUGCAGUUUAAAAGCUCAACCCUUGCUUGGUGACCCUCUGACCUCUGUAGCCUGGGCUUUGCAUGGGAAACAGCUGCCUGACCAGCACGCUGCUCAGGUAUUGCUGAAGCGUGGUGACGGGUGGACUAUGAAACAAAUGGGUGCAAUGAUCGCGAGUACUUUGGAGAAGACAAGUGUUCCACGGUGGCUGGUUCAGAAUGAGGCUGGGCUCUUUUGGAGAGCUCAGGGAAACGGUACGCGAGCUCUGCAGUGUCUGCGCCAGGCCCUGCACUCGGCUCCACCUCAACACAAAAACGUGCCACUGGUCAACAUGGCCAACUUGCUGCUCCAUUACGGCCUGCACCACAAAGCCCAGGAGCUCCUGCAGCAGGCCAUGGAGAUCAAUGCCUCAGAGCCUCACACUCUGCUGAGCAUGGUGAGUGUGCAGCUCUCUCGAGGGAACCUGACUGGUGCGUUGACCCUGUUCCGGCAUGCCCUGUCUCUGAGUGGCAGCUGUAGCCAAUGCCGUGCCAGCCUGCCUCUACUGCGCUGCCUGCAGUUCUACCCUUUCCUCUACAAGCUCCAGCACCAGGCCUGUCAGCACGGUUCAGGUUGUGAGAGAAUAGAGGACAUUGAGGUGAAGGAUUGGGAAUCUGAGGAAAGGCAAGAAACAAGAAACCAGAAUGCCAUGCCUGGAUCUGCAUUAAAGGACUCGCUGCUGUUCGAGAAAGUAGUGGUGGACAGUAAUGGCUCCGGAGAGGUGGGCCAGCAGGAGCGAGGGGAAGAUACGAAAGGAGGGCUGGAAGGUGAAGAGCAGUGGCAGUUGCAUGAGGAGCUGAUGGGUGCGUUUGAGGGGGCGCUGGAUGUGAGCGGGAAGCGCGGGGACUUACGAGGGAUCCGUGUUCUGAAAAACGACAGGGUGAUGGGGGCCAGCAGCGAUGGCGCCUGCUUCGGGAACUGCGAGGAUGAUGAUGGAGCAGAAUGGAUCACAUUCCAGGUGAAGCGAAUGCGGAAGCCCAAGGCGGAGGUUUCUGAGAGCUGGACAGGUGAAGAGGAUACCUCUCAGAGUGACUCCUCAGCGGGACAGUCCACCCUGGAGAUCAGCGGCCCUACCAUCCCUUCACCUGGACCUUCAGGAAGGUGGAAGGACUACAGCAGUCUGGGCUGGCCAGGACCGGAGGAGUGUCAGCGCACACGGCGGGUAGACCUCACUACUGUGGCAAGCACCUGGCUGGCUGUGUCUGCCAAAAAUAUAGACAUCACAGAACAUAUAGACUUUGCCACUCCACUGCAGGAGCCUGCUGCAGAACCAGUGUGUAAUGCUAAUCUGCCAGCCAGCAUGCACACUCUAGACCAUCUGGGGGGAGUGGCCAACCGCGGCAGCAUCCACUAUACUGGAGAGAGUCAGCUCAAAGAGGUGCUGAAAAAUUUGGGAAAGGAUAAGUUUUUGCCGCAGUCCUUUGAACAAAUUGGAACCCGCUUGGCGAAAGUCUUGGAAAAGAACCAGACCUCGUGGGUUCUGUCCAGCAUGGCAGCGCUGUACUGGAGAGUGAAGGGCCAGGGGAAGAAGGCAAUAGACUGUCUGCGUCAGGCUUUAAACUCUGCUCCUCACCACAUGAAGGAUGUUCCCCUGAUCAGCCUGGCUAACAUCUUCCAGAACGCCCGUCUGUGGGAGGAUGCACUCACCGUGGCCCGCAUGGCCGUAGAGAUCGCUCCUCAUUUCGUUGUAAACCAUUUUACUCUCGCUAAUGUCUACAUAGCAAUGGAAGAGUUUGAGAAAGCAAUGCACUGGUAUGAAUCCACUCUUAAGCUCCAGCCAGAGUUCGGACCUGCCAAAGACCGCCUUCGUACCAUCCAGUGCUACCUUCUGACUAAGAGGGACAGGCGAGCUCCAUAAAGACACACACACACACACACAGUGGCACAUACAUGCAUACACAUAUCUAUAUAUUUAAAAAGAGAAGUGAGGACGUCUUUAGCUCUGUCUGUUUAUUUUUGCCACAUAUCAUCCAGGGGUUCAGUUAAACAGAGCAGUUUCUGAUCAGAAUCUUGUUUUCCAAUGUUAAAGAAAAGGUUGUAAUCAAUAGAUCAGUAGAUUGGUUUUUUUUAUUUAUUUAUUUUAUGGUGUAAGGGUUUUAUGUAAAGUUGUUUGCGCAGUUUUAAAAAAACAAAACAAAAACUGACACAAUUUGAAAGUGAUCCAGAUGUUUGCUAGACACAGUUCUACUCCUAAACUUAGUGAUAACACAUUCAGGUACUAAUUCCUGCAUCAUGACGGUUCAAGUCAGAAACAUUAAGAAUUUAACGCAUAAACAUCAGCAGGAAGGGUUGUAUGAUUGACAAGCAUUUCUGAAAUGUCUUAAUACGGUUAUGGCACACAGGUUUUUUUUAAGGCCCGAUAUUUUAUGGAUGAUUUCUGCAGCAUAUGAAUUUGGCACUCUUUGAUUGACAAGUUGAAAUAGAUACUCAGCACCACAACAACAAAAUGAUGAAUAUAUACAGUAUGGUCGUGUUUUUAAGUUUAGUUUCUUAUGGUCAGGAUACAGGGAAGAUUAAAGCAGACAAUAAACCAGUCAUCACAUCACACAGUACAAGUGUGUUCUACUCGAAUUAACUAUAAAACAGACAUGUUUACUUUUUCAUUACUGCACUGAAUUAGGCAAUAACGAUUGAUCUUAUCCAACCUGAUAACUGCAGAUUGAUAUGCUUUUAAGCAAGGUUAUUUUAAGUAUUUUAAUUGCUGAACUUAUUAUGAAACAUUGUUUCUGGAUGUAUUUUUGGACCAUAUUCAUUUCAGUGUGACUGUAGUUACACUAUUAUACACCACAAUCAUAUUUUUUUAUUGCAACAAUUUUAAGAUGAAUAAAUACAUAUCAGUAAUCCAUAAAGAAUUCAUUUACAGUGCCAAUAUUUUUUUAAGUACACAAUAUUUUCAUAAACUGUCAUCUCAGUGUUACAUUUUUAGUGUGGUAUGACUGACAGAAUGUGUUUAUAAUUAUGAUUUUUUUUUCUUUCAAAAUCGUUCUUGAAAUUCAAGAUGAACAUUUGCCCAAACCCUACACACACACACACACACAUCUGUGUUUGUAAAAUGUAAUACAGCCUUCCAUGACUUCUCUCUUUUCAUCAAAUAAUGUUACUGGUCUUAAUUAAUUAAUAAACGCACAUUGUUGAUGAUGAUAAUGACUAUGCUGAUGAUGAUAAUAAAAUAAUAUUGUCUAUCAUAAGUGGUUUACGUGAACCUGAAACAGGGUUGUUUUAAUUCUGAAAGACAGAUGGAAUAUGGUUUUUUUUUGGGGUGGUGGGGGG